AUGAAUUUACUUAGUUCAAAAAACUCGAAUAUUUCAUGUUUAUUAGAUAUCUCAUGGAAUCGAUGCCCUAUCAAUAGUCAUCAUCCAAUACGUAUUGUCUGUAUAAUCGCAUGUAUCAUGCAUGGAAUAUUUUGGCUUCAACUUGUUUUUUGUUCAUCUGUUCGACAAACAUCAAUGCAAUGGAUUUAUGCUUAUCUUAUUACGGACAUAGUUCUUCUUUUUCGAUUUUUCCUCAUUUAUAUUGUACAUACAACAUCUACUGAUUGUGCAUCUAACAUAGCAUGGUUUUUAUUUAUCUGUUAUUUUGAAGCAGCAGUUGAUAAUUAUCUUAAUCUACUUGAAGUAUAUAUUCUAUUAGCUUUGAAUAUAUGUCGUUAUAUACAAAUAGUAUAUAAUAGAAAUGUUUAUCAAGUUCAUGUAAAAUUAUUGAUUUUAACUCAUUUCGGUAUCUAUGUUAUACCUUUUUUAAUUUUAUCUGUACAAUUUAUUAUUGGUUGGGCACAAUUACAGAAACUCCAUGAUGAGCUAUGUAGUGUAACUUAUGUCACUAUCUAUAUUCAAAUAUUUAAUAUCAUCAUUGCAUUUAUUCUUCCUAUCUUUCUUCAUAUUACAAUCAUUUGUCUCAGUAUUCGUCAUGUUCAUUUAGUAUCAACUUUACAACAAGGACGACAUCAUGUAUCAGCCCGUGAAAAAUAUAAUCGUUCAUUAGUUAUCCAAUUUCUUGUUUUCUAUAUUAUCUGGUUAAUACUUUGGUCACCAAAUAUUAUUGCUUAUCAACUAUCGAUUAGUGGAAAUGUUACAUGUAUUGUUAGAUUACUUAAUUUUAUUGAAAUACUUUUAGAUCCAAUAAUUAUUGCAGCAUUAGAUGUUCGUUUUUGGAAGUUAUGGCGAAACUGUUGGUUAUCUCUGAAGAUUAAAUAUACUAGACAUUUACACAGACAAGUGAGACCUGUUAUAGUACCGCAUACUAUACAAAGAUUGGUCAGACAAAACGAAACAACUUUGUAG